AUGGGCGGCUUUCCCAACGCAAAGGGCACAUCUCGUGUUCCUCUCUCAACUUCCGGAGAGAAGGAUAUUGAAGUCACCGUCACCCAAAACGGAGACGAUGCGAUGUUCACCAACGAAAAAUACGUCCCAACUUCAGUAGCAGCCCCGCCAGAGGACUUGCAAUCAGACGACGAGACGAGCAGCGUUGCCAGCGAGCCCAAGAAGUUGGCAAUGUCCACGGCCCGGAGCAUUGCACUCGUCACGACCGUCACCGGCGCAAGUUUUAUGAACACCCUCUCCAUCCAAGCCGUUGUCAUCAUCCUCCCAACUAUCGGCCGAGACCUGGACAUCCCGGAAUCCCGCCUGCAAUGGAUCAUCUCGGCCUACUCCCUGACCUUUGGUUGUUUCCUCCUCCUAUGGGGUCGCAUCGCCGAUCUGUACAGCAAACGCCUCAUCUUCGUUGCGGGUUCCGCCUGGGUUGCCGUCAUGACCAUCGCCAAUGCUUUCGUCCCCAAUGAAAUUGCCUUUGACCUGUUUCGUGGCCUACAAGGUCUCGGCGCCGCCGCCAAUGUGCCCACCGCCAUCGGCAUUCUGGGCACCACGUUCCCGCCUGGCAAAGCGAAGAAUUAUGCAUUCAGCGCUUAUGCCGCCGGUGUCCCUCUGGGCAGUGUCUUUGGCACCAUCCUCUCCGGCUUCAUUGCCCAGUAUGUCAGCUGGAUGUGGGUGUUUGGCGUCCUCGGACUGUUCGCGGGAUUGGUCGCUGUGGCAGGUUUCUUCUUCAUCCCUCCUGCACCAACGCCGCUUCACCAGAAGGAACUCACCAAGAAGAAGUCAGUUGACUGGAUCGGUGGCGGACUCAUCACGGUUGGUCUUCUUGCGCUGAUGCUUGCCCUGACCGAGGGCAACGUCGUCGGCUGGCGCACGCCCUGGAUCUCAGUCCUCAUCAUUUUUUCGCUCAUUAUCAUCGCCGCCUUUUGGUUCUGGCAACGCCACCUGGAGUUCAAGACGAUCUAUCCUCCAAUCAUGAAAACAUCAAUCUUUCAUAGUGUCAAAUUCUGCGCCGCUCUCGCCAUCAUGGCGCUCUGCUUUUCUUCGUUCAACAACUUCCUCGUCUAUGCGACAUAUUUCUAUCAAGACUACCAAGCUCAAUCUAUUCUCACCACAACACUUUAUUUCCUUCCUACGGGCGUUGCGGGGAUUAUCGUAUCCUUGGCUGUUGCCUAUCUCAUUUCCCGCGUCCCGACGUAUCUAGUACUGGUCUGCGGCAACGUUUCUGUUUCCAUUGCUUGUAUUCUGUUUGCUUUACCUAUACCGUCAACAACAUCAUACUUUGCUUACGGGCUGCCUGCGAUGAUUCUCUCAGUUAUUGGCGCGGACACGGCGUGGCCUGCACUGACGCUGUUCAUGUCAAAGGCAUUGCCUCAGGAGGACCAAGCUCUUGGCGGCGCACUCAUCAACUCUUUCGGCCAAGUUGGCCGGUCUAUCGGCCUGGCUAUUUCUACAGCUAUUCAGACAUCAGUGAUGGCUCAUGCCAGAGGCACAUCUGUUGAAGAAGUGGGAGGAGUGAAGGAGUGGGAUCAACCGUCAUUGGAUGGUAUCAGGGCCGCUUCAUGGAUGAACUUCGCCUUGGGUGUAACAUCUCUUAUCAUCGUGUGUGUAUUCUUCCGGAGCUCAGAGAUUGUCGGCCAAGCCGAACCUUAUAAGCCUAAGAACUCUGAGAGUCAGGAGACUGUGGCGGAUCCGAAUAACACGGAUAUUGAGAGCAGAUAG